CAGAGACUAAAGUUUCAAGAUAAGUCGUUGCCUCGGCCAUCUCUUGUCCUUUGAAUUGGUCCAGAUUUUUGGCCUCUUUUUGAGAGCCAUUGGCGUCAGCAAACUUAUUGGUUGGAGGUGACUGAGUGAUGGCAGAGAGGAGAAUCAGCAACGGAGGAGACAUUGUUAUCAACGUUCCAGAGAAAGAAGGUUUUAAAGAUGCAGCAGCAUCACCUUCUACACAUGUAGCGGCUUCACCAAACUCAGACACGGCGACAGCGAAACUAGAGCCGUUAAGCAUUCCACUUCCUUUCUCUGGCAGCGUUCAUAAACCGUCUAAGAUUCCAAGUCCUAUCACUGAAGGUCUAACUCGGAGGAGAUCUCUUUCGAGGUCAGUUUACUCCAAGUCCAACUCAAGGUUUGGUCAACAACAAUCUUAUCGUUUCGACAAGACUAUGGUCGAAGAAAACUGUGGAACCCCUACGGAACCGUUUCGUGCUGCUUCAUUUUCAAAUCCUUCUUUUAACAAGGCUUUCUCUAGUAUUAAAUCGAAUAGGAGCACUGGCCCAGCAGCCCUGAGUAGAGUUAAUGAGGACGAAAUGGACGAAACUGAUGAAAAUGAAGAAAUCUACAAAAGGGUUAAACUGCACCAAGUGAAGCGUAGAGGAAUAAGACAUCUAGCUCUUCUUGAGCUACUAGUUUUUGUUGCUAUUCUAUGCACUUUGGUUGUGUGUUUAACCAAUGAUUCGGUCAAGAAGCAUCGCAUUUGGGGUUUAGAAGUUUGGAAAUGGUGCGUGCUUGUGAUGGUGACGAUAAGUGGCAUGUUUGUGACAAACUGGUUCAUGCAUUUCGCGGUGUUCAUCAUAGAAAGGAACUAUCUCCUACGUAAAAAAGUGUUGUAUUUUGUCCAUAGUUUGAAGAAGAAUGUUCAAGUCUUGAUUUGGUUCGGCUUGAUUCUGGUUGCUUGGGUGAUUCUGUUUGACGAUGAUGAUAGACACUCUCGUAAGGCUAAGAAGUUUCUCGACGCUAUAACUUGGACUCUCGUCUCCCUUCUCGUAGGGUCAGCCAUUUUCUUGGUGAAGACAUAUGCCUUGAAAGUUCUUGCUUCAAAGUUCAACGUCAGAAACUUCUUUGAGAGAAUUCAAGAAUCUGUUUUCCACCAAUACGUUCUUCAAACUCUCUCGGGAUUUCCGCUUAUAGAGGAGGCAGAGAGAGUUGGACGUGAGCCAAGCACUGGCCACCUUAGCUUCACGAGCACCAAUGGAACGGUGGAAGAGAAGAAGGUGCUUGAUAUGGGCAAGGUUCACAAGAUGAAACAAGAGAAGGUAUGUGCAUGGACAAUGCGAGUUUUGAUUGAAGCUGUGGGAGGUUCAGGUCUCUCAACCAUAUCUCACACUUUAGAUGAGUGUAGCAAUCGGAAGAAGAAAUCUAAUAAAGAGAUUACUAAUGAGAUGGAAACUGUGGCUGUAGCUUAUGAUAUUUUCAACAAUGUUGCUAAGCCAAACUCGAGUUACAUAGAGGAAGAUGACUUGCUGAGGUUCAUGAUUAAGGAAGAGGUAGACCUUGUACUCCCAUUAAUCGAAUGUUCCGAGACCGGGAAAAUCACACGUAACGCUUUUACAGAAUGGGUGAUUAAAGUUUACACAAGUAGGAAAGCAUUAGGGCACUCACUGAACGACACAAAAACAGCGGUUAAGCAAGUAGACAAAAUCUUAAGUGGAGUCUUGUUUGUUGUUACCUUCAUCAUUUGGUUGAUACUUAUGGAUAUAGCAACGACCAAGUUCUUAGUGGUCUUCUCCUCACAAUUUGUGGGUCUCGCUUUCAUGAUUGGAAGCACUUGCAAGAACAUCUUUGAAUCUUUUGUGUUUGUCUUUGUGAUGCAUCCUUACGACGUCGGUGAUCGUUGCCUUAUUGACGGCGUUGUAUUGUUGGUCGAAGAGAUAGAUCUUUUAACUACAGUGUUCCUCAAGCUUGACAACGAGAAGGUGUUCUAUCCAAAUACGACGUUGAUAUCAAAACCGAUAAGCAAUUACUACAGAAGUCCAGAUAUGGUAGAUUCAAUACCAUUCUCCAUCGCAUUCUCAACUCCCGCAGCGAAAAUUGCCACUCUAAAGGAAACUAUAUCAGAAUAUUUGGUGCAAAAUCCACAAAAUUGGUAUCCAAAUCCCCUUUUGUUGGUGAACGCGAUUGAGAAUGUGAACAAGCUGAACUUAAAUCUGUUUGUUACGCACACCAUCAACUUCCAGAACAUCACAGAGAAGAGUCUCAGGAGAACAGAGCUGGUCAUCGCGGUUAAGCGAAUCCUCGAGGAGCUUGAGAUCGAUUACACCCUGCUUCCUCAAGAUGUUCAUCUCAUCGGUCACACAUGA